AUGUCGGACUCUGUCGAUCGCGUCUUUGUCCAUGCGCUCAACACUGUCAAGAAGAUACCGAGGACGGGCACUGCCCGUCCGCCGGCGGCGGAGAGACUCAAGUUAUACGGGUUAUACAAGCAGAGCAUGGAGGGUGAUGUGGAAGGUAUAAUGGACCGACCAAUUGGCGAUGCGCCGGAUGUGCGAGCGGAGCGAGAGAAAUGGGACUCUUGGUAUUCCCAACGAGGCUGUUCUCGAACCGAGGCCAAAGGGCGCUACAUCACCACCCUGAUCAACACAAUGCAUAUGUAUGCGUCGCAAACGGCAGAAGCUAGAGAGCUCGUGGCCGAACUAGAGUUUGUCUGGGAUCAAAUCAAAGACAAUAAUGAUAAUAAUGCACCUUCAUCGUCAUCAUCCUCACCGUCCAGUCCAGUCGCACCCGUGGUUCCCGUCCCCGCGCAGAGACGAUAUGGAAGUAUAAACGAACGGAUAACCCGCUUGUCACCGAAUGAAGAUCCAGACGAGGAUUUGGCGAUAUAUCGGAGAAGGUCCGGUGACUCGCGACUGCGUGUGUUGAGUCCGGUCAGUCAGUCUGAGGAGGCUGAUGUUGUACCGGUGCCAGAAGAAGGGGUUGAAGAGAAUGAUGUCGACGACGACGACGACGACGACGGAGAAGAAGAAUUCCAAGAAGCCCGGGAUGGCACAUCAUUCUCCGAAGAGACCACCACCUCGCAAGACCAUACAAAUCGUAAUAACUACAAUAAUAAGAAAAGAAGGAAAAGAAAGCGACCACCAACGUCAAGAGAGAAAGACGACGAGGACAAAAACAACGACUGGAGGCGGCGUGUUGAGCAGGCCUUGACAAAAAUGACAGCCGAGGUCGCAGCACUACGUGAGCAAAUCGAAUCGCGACCCAUGACUAUCCAUGGGCGCCGACGAGUCGGUCUCUGGUCAUGGCUCAAAUGGCUUGUUUGGAACGCAUUUCGGCAGAUGCUCUGGCAAUGUUUCAUUCUCUCUGCCAUUCUGAUAUGGAUGCGUUUCAAGGGCGACCGGAGACUAGAGCAGAAGUUGCGCAUGAUACUUGUGAAUUUCAAGAAUCGGUUAUUAAUGACUGUGAGGAUGAUGCCACGACGACUUCCGAGUUUAUCUCAUAUAUCACUUCCAUGA